CCGAAAGCAAAAACAAGUGAAUGUCCGCGUCUGUCUUCCCGUCCGUCCGUCGACAAGUGAAACGAAAAAAGUGAAGAACGCUUUGACUUUUGGCGUGAAAUCGCCGAUGUAGGGCGAUGAGAGAAGAGCUGGUUUAGUGGGUAAUCGCGAAGAAUCGGUUGAUAGUGAGUGUGAGCGGCGCGUAGAGACUUUUUGUUUAUAUUGGUGGUGUCGCUGUGGGUCUUCGGAGUGCAGUGAUUUUAGAAAGGCUUUGGUCAUCGUGUCGACACGACCAUCCGCUGUCCAGUGCAUGUUAAAGAAGCAAGAACGAUGGUUAUGGGCUGAAUUGUGUCCUAGAAGAAUUAUUAUGCAAUUGAAUGAACUGAAGAAAAUCUAAAGUGUGACAACGUUUUGUUGAUUUGCAGAAGAGUGGACAGUGCGUUUGGUUCAGUUACUUAUUUCUCGUGAUUUAAGUGUAGAAGAUAGACGUUUUUGGUGUGAUAGAGAAGAUUGGUGAUGUAAGGAUUGAACUCGGGAUUGUUGAACGGGCCAACAGUGUGUGAUUAAAGAUCUUUCAUGGGAGUUUCACCCGCCAAUAUAAAUAAAUAUAUUCAGAAAUAACAUUUUGGACUGAUAGUUCAGUCCAACACGAACAAUCUAUAUGUUAAAUAUAGUAGUGAAUCAGUGUUUAAAGAACUAUGAAAAACUCGUAUAGACUGCUCUGGCUUUCUGUUUUCCUUGCUGCGGAAAUCUGUUUUGCCGGCAUCAUUGACGUGAAUUGGUCCAGAUCGGACAAGCUCGGAAUAGAAGUGAAUUUGAAUCUACCCUGGUUACCUUUUGAAAAUGAAACACGCUGCUACGACGAACUGGGUUGUCUUAAUAUCACCAGGAGUUGGUAUCACCUGAUUAAUAGGCCUUUCAACGUAUUUCCCUUGCCCAGAUCUGUGAUAAACACUAGGUUUAUACUGUAUACUCGACUGAACCCUUAUGAGGGACAAAUAGUUAAAGCCAAAAAUGAAUCUAUAGAAAGAUCUAACUUGGACAUCGAUAAGAAGACAAAAUUUAUAAUACAUGGAUUUAUAGAUACCCCUCUGUCAAAUUGGGUAAAAGAUAUGCGAGACGAACUUCUCAAAGCUGAAGACCUAAAUGUCAUUGUAGUUGACUGGGCUGGUGGAAGUCUGCCCCUUUACACUCAAGCCACAGCCAAUACCAGACUAGUUGGAUUAGAAUUAGCAUAUCUCAUCAACUAUCUUGUGAAAAACUACGAGAUGGAUCCGAAAAAUGUCCAUAUAAUUGGACAUUCUCUGGGAGCACAUACGGCUGGAUACGCUGGAUCUCUUGUGCCUGGAUUAGCGCGGAUCACGGGGCUAGAUCCUGCAGAGCCUUAUUUUCAGGGAAUGCCUUCCCAUGUAAGACUGGACCCGUCAGAUGCCGAGCUAGUAGAUGUUAUUCACACUGACGGAAAAGGGAUCAUAUUCUUAGGGUACGGAAUGUCGCAGCCUUGCGGCCAUUUGGAUUUCUAUCCGAACGACGGGAAGGAGCAACCCGGGUGCGAUAUUACUCAAACGCCGUUGGUGCCUUUGACUCUUAUAAGAGAUGGUCUGGAAGAGGCUUCUAGAGUUUUAGUUGCAUGCAAUCAUGUCAGAGCAAUAAAACUUUUUAUCGACAGUAUUAAUACAAAUUGUCCUUAUAUAGGUAGACAGUGUUCCAGUUUUAAGCAGUUCAUGUCCGGCAAGUGUUUUGGUUGCAAACCAGGAAUGUCAUGUGCUGUGAUGGGGUACAAAGCUGAUACAUCGUUAGGGUUUUUAGAAAACGAGGUACAGCCUCAAGAAAAACUACAGGAAGCAGUUGGAAAUAAGUAUUUCCUUACAACAGGAAGGGAAUAUCCUUUUUGCCAGCAAGCAUAUCGUGUAAGUGUAGAAUUAGCCAAACCAGUUUACGCAGAAGACUGGGUCCAAGGCCGAAUUAAGGCUUCUAUGUUCAGUCCCAAUGGAGUUAUCAAGGCAGACCUAACACCUGCUGAGACUAAGUUAGCCCAUGGAUCCACCUAUACUACCAUUGUAGCAAAUCCAAUUGACUUAGCUGGCAAUGUUAGGAAAGUGGAAUUAAGCUGGGUAUAUGAUAUGAACGUGUUAGAACCUAAGACUCUGUGUUUGUUUUGGUGCAACGACCAUUUGUACGUCAAAAGCGUGGUGGUAGAUCAACUUGAGCUACCAGGAAGAGGGAAGCGUGACGCCAAAUUCACGAACAAGCUAUGCUCCAAAGGCAAGAAACAGUAUGUGGACAUAUCAAAUAAUGGACGAGGAACUUUCUUAGAUUCGUGUGCUGUGAGUGUAUCAGAGAAAAGUGAUAGAAGCUAGUAAGACUUUAAUUUCAAGAGUGAGAAUAUAAGUUUUUUAAGAGAGUUCUCUGUAAAAAGGAAUAGACAGUAUAUUGUGAUUGCUUGGAGUGAUAUUACAAAAUAUGGACAAGUGAAUGGUUAAAUUUGUGUAAGACACAAGAAGAACAAUAUUUAUGUAAAAUAAAAA